GGAAAAAAAGUAUCAGAAAUGGGUUCUUUAGAAUGUGACACUACUUCAACUUGACUCUCAGUCUACUAAGAGUAACAGAAAUAUAAGUAUCCUAUUGUUUCAUCUUCACAUAAAGCAUUUUAAAUACUAUUUUUCUUAAGUAGAGAGUUGGAAGUGUUCUGUUAUUUUGACAAUCUCUUUUAAUUUGUUGAAGACUUAUUCUCAGCCAGCUGCAGGGGGUAGAAAAGGUUCAAGCGAAAGCAACAAACUUUGGAAUGAUAAUGUGUACAUUUGCUUUGGUAGAAUAUUAUUGAUGAGCUCUACUUCCUUACAAGGGCAACCAGAAACCUUCAUGAGAAAUUAGAUUGUUUUCUUUAGGAUCAACUGAUACUUAAAUGAAACCUCUGUCUAGAAAUAUAUGCUCUCAAAAAUCUCCCUCAAUGUAUUACUGAUGAAUCAUUUGUGAAUUACUUGAUUUCUGUAGGCAAAAUAAGUACUUCAGAAUGACCAUUUCUCCCUCAAUAGUAAUCUCUCAACUUGAUAAAACAGGUGGAUAUCUGGUCCAUGGGAAUAGCGGUAAUUGAGAUGAUCGAUGGAAGACCUCCAUAUUUUACCCAGAACCCAUACGAGGCAAUGCACAAAAUUUAUGACGGCUUGCCUCCAAGACCAAAGGCCCUACACAAGGUUUCAUCAGGGCUUCAAGGGUUAUUACACUCUAUGUUAAUAAGGGAACCCUCCCAGAGAGCCACAGCGGAAGACCUGCUGGUACACCCAUUUUUGCAACUAGCAGGCCCACCGGAAUGCAUGAUACCUCUCCUCAAAAAGAGAUACACACCUCUAACAGCCACUUCUUGCUGGGAACGUACAUUCUCCUACCUCACCCAAAUCAAGAUGCCCUGAAGGUCACAAAUGACCGAUACCCAUUUGGAACAUCACCUGAAACUGUGGACCUCCAUGCUGCAACUAAAUAUGCAAAUGCUUUCCAACAAAAACUCAUUAAAAGGUUAGUUCGCUUUAAAAUUAACAAAUACUUUUCAUUUUUUGAAAUGAAGUACAUAGGACUUCCAUUUUGACAAACUAAUCCACAUUUUCAAGUAUCUAUCUGAAGUUUCUUGAAUGUGGCCUUAUUUGAUUGCGGCCUUUUAACAUGAAAAGUUCCCCAGCGCUGGCUCAGGAGGUGGAGGCCAGCUCCACUUCCCUCAGCCCUCAACCCUGUCAGUGUUAUCACCCAUCUUCUCUCUUCCCAGAACUAUCCUUACUCUGAAUCCUCCAGAUCCCACAUCCCAACCUGCCCGCCAGAUAUCUCCAUUUGUCUACUGAUGAACCCAUUAAAUACAACAUGUACAAAACCAAACAUUAUCUUUUGCCCUAAACAAUCCAGACCAGUGUCCUGUGCUCAAAACUUUGUUUCUGGACUCUUCCCUCUCCUUCACCUCUCAUGUCGAGUCAUUAAGUGCUACAGAUUGCACCUCUGAAACACCUCACAUCUGUCUCCUUCUCUCUCUUCCCGCUGCCAGCAUCCUACAAUAGACCUUUAUCACCACCAUCGUGGACUAUGAUAAAUAGCCUCCUAACAGAUUUUUCAACCUCUCCUAACUCCCCACUGCAAGCCCUCUGUCAAACCAAUCUUCUUUAUUGCUCUGCUCAUAACUCUUCUGCUCAAAUAUGUUCAGUGCUUAACCUGUUUCCUACUAGUUCAAGUUCAGUCUCCUCUGCCUGGCAUUCAAGACCCUUCAUAAAAUGAGGCCACCUUGUGCUCCUUUGUCCACAUGCUCCGAUAACAGCCCAAGUGGACUACUCUAUGCUCCUGAAAAAACCCUCCUUCAAUUGCCUCUGUGUCUUGGUAAUACUCAUCGCUUUGCCUACAGUGACCUCUUCAAGCUGUCACCAAACAUCUCUUCCUUGAAGCUUUCCCUCUUCAUUGUCCCCUGUAGGUUGUAACCUUUCCAUUGGACCUCACACACCUUUAAUAUGACUUUCAUUUGGACCUCUCUAAUACAAUUUUUCAUGGUAUGUUGUGCAUUAUACUUGCCUAAGUGCCUUACUUCUGGACUAGACUAUACAUUCCAUGAGGCCUUCUGUUCCCCCCCCCAGUACUCAAAACAGUGCUCUGCACAGAGUAGCUACUUAGGAAGAACUUCAUGAAACAAGAUUUAGAAUUCAGAGUGAUAUGUGAACUGUACAGAGUGACCAGUUUGGAAGAUAUCAUUCAGCAGUUAACACACCUCGAAAGAGCCUCCCAACUGCUUUUUCCUUUGGACCACUGCUCUGCCAGGCUUGCAUUUAGGUCCCGUUGUUCCAUUCACUUUCAUUCAAAGAAUAUCACAAUAGGAAGGGACAUCAGAGGUCAUCUUGUCCGAGCCAUACUUGAAUGAGAAUCUUCUCUCUAACUUUUUGGACAAGUACUUAUAGGACCAUUACUUGAAGACUUGUAAUUGAGGGAAAUUUACUACCUCAUGAGGGAGCACUUUCUAAGUUUGAACAUCUUUAAUUACUGGCUAAUAUUGGGUAAUGCUGUAUACUUAGAGAUUUCAAACAGAUUUGAGGCUCUUUCCAAAGAUGAGAGCACUAGCUGUUCUGUUUCUCCUUCAAAAACUGAUACAGUAGAACUAUUAGAUUUAUCCCAAGGAAGAAGAGAAGAGUACUAGGGGUUGUUGAUUCCUGCACAGGAGUACUGAGGCACAUAUUUUUGAACUAAUAGCAGUAAUGGAGAGGUCUUUUGUCUUUUAAGCUAUAGCACAGACCUUUCCAAAGGCUUAUCAAAAUAGAUGACAGCUACUCAUUUCUGGUGAUUCAUGUGGACACAAUUGGUAUUAACUGGAAGAAAUCUAAACAGAAUUUCCAAUCAUUAUG